CCAGCAUUCAGCGGGGCGUCAUGGCCGACACCAGAGAGAAGGGGCUCCAAGACUACAGGAAAAAACUGCUCGAACACAAAGAAAUCGACGGGCGGUUAAAAGAACUGAGAGAGCAACUUAGAGAGCAAACUAAACAGUAUGAGAAAUCGGAGAAUGACCUCAAGGCACUUCAAAGUGUUGGCCAGAUUGUAGGAGAAGUGCUCAAACAGCUAACUGAAGAGAAAUUUAUUGUUAAGGCAACAAAUGGACCGCGGUAUGUGGUUGGAUGCCGUCGGCAGCUGGACAAAUCACAGCUCAAGCCAGGCACCAGAGUGGCCCUGGACAUGACCACCCUCACCAUCAUGAGGUACCUGCCCAGAGAGGUGGACCCGCUGGUAUACAACAUGUCCCACGAGGACCCUGGCAGUGUGUCCUACUCUGAGAUCGGGGGCUUAUCUGAACAGAUUCGUGAAUUGAGAGAGGUUAUUGAGCUGCCCCUUACCAACCCUGAGCUGUUCCAAAGAGUGGGGAUCAUCCCCCCAAAGGGCUGCCUGCUCUACGGACCUCCAGGCACCGGGAAGACUCUUCUGGCCAGAGCUGUGGCCAGUCAGCUGGACUGCAACUUCCUCAAGGUGGUGUCCAGCUCCAUCGUGGACAAAUACAUUGGCGAGAGCGCCAGGCUGAUCAGAGAGAUGUUCAACUAUGCCAGGGACCAUCAGCCCUGCAUCAUUUUCAUGGAUGAGAUUGAUGCCAUCGGGGGUCGUCGAUUCUCUGAGGGUACCUCCGCCGACAGAGAGAUUCAGAGGACUCUGAUGGAGCUGCUGAAUCAGAUGGAUGGGUUUGACACCCUGCACAGAGUAAAGAUGAUCAUGGCCACCAACCGGCCAGACACUCUGGAUCCUGCCCUGCUGCGCCCAGGGCGGCUUGACCGCAAAAUCCAUAUUGAGCUGCCAAAUGAACAGGCUCGCCUGGACAUCCUGAAAAUCCACUCCAGUCCCAUCACCAAGCACGGCGAGAUAGAUUUUGAAGCCAUCGUGAAGCUGUCGGAUGGUUUCAAUGGUGCCGACCUGAGAAACGUGUGCACAGAAGCAGGUUUGUUUGCCAUCCGUUCUGACCGUGAAUACGUCACCCAAGAGGACUUCAUGAAAGCUGUGCGCAAGGUAGCCGAUUCCAAGAAGCUGGAAUCCAAGUUGGACUACAAGCCUGUAUAAUAACGUCAUCCUCUUUCAAAGCCCCUUUCCUCCAAAUGAAAUCUUAUUGGGGGAGAGGGUCACAUUUGCUGUUGUAUUGCUUAAAGGCUAGAAAGAAUAGCUUUGUUACUCUUCUUUUUUUUUUAUGUCUGUAAAAAGCCCCGUCAGAAAGUCAGAUUUCCUUUACAGGUGACAACAAAGGUGCCUCAAGCAGCACAUCCACAGCUCGGCCCCGUUUCCCCUUUUUAGUCUCAAAUUCUCCCUAUUAAGGAUACGUGACCAUUUCUGGCAAUAAACAGAACACUUGUAUAAAUUGAGUUGAAAAAAGUUGAUAUUCUGAAUAAAUCUGACAUAACUUGC